AUGGGCGACGGAAUGUGCGACAGGAUGGGCGACGGGAUAGACGACAGGAUGGACGAAACUGGUGGCCUCUAUUCCGUUGGGAUUGUGAUAGUCACCGACAUGGCCACGUCGCGAGUGCUCAAGGAGAUUUCGCCAGCCGUGACGAAAAUCGGGUGGAUUGGCACGGGAGUUAUGGGCGCCGCCAUGUGCGGGCACCUGCAGGCUGCUGGCUAUGCCGUCAACGUCUUCAACCGCACGCCCAGCAAGGCGGCUGCACUGGUGGGGCGGGGGGCAGUACUGUGUGAGUCGCCGGCUGCUGUGGCGGCCAACUCAGACGUUGUCUUCAGCAUCGUGGGGUAUCCCCAUGACGUGCAGCAAGUGGUGCUGGGUCCCACAGGCAUUCUCUCCGCUCUCAAACCAGGAGGCAUUCUGGUGGACAUGAGCACGAGCCAGCCAUCCCUGGCCAGAGAGAUAGCGGCCGCGGCAGAGGCAAGGCAGUGCUGGGCGGUGGAUGCGCCAGUGUCAGGCGGGGACAAGGGCGCGCGGGAGGCAGCACUGGCGAUCAUGGCCGGGGGAGACGAGGCAGUGGUGCAGGCGCUGCAGCCUCUGCUGUCAUGCAUGGGCAAGUGCACGUACAUGGGGCCUGCUGGGGCCGGCCAGAGCUGCAAAAUGGCCAACCAGGUGACGAUAGCGAGCACCAUGGUGGGGCUGGUGGAGGGCCUGCUGUACGCACACGAGGCAGGGCUGCAUAUCCCCACAUAUCUGGCUGCCAUUUCCAAGGGAGCAGCAGGGUCGCGCUCUCUUGAUCUCUACGCCUCGCGCAUUCUCCAACGAGACCUCCUGCCAGGUUUCUUUGUGAAGCACUUUGUGAAGGACCUUGGGAUUGCCCUUGAGGAGUGUAGGGCCAUGAGCCUGUCCCUACCAGGCCUCGCGCUGGCACAGCAGCUGUAUCUGUCACUGCAGGCACACGGGGAUGGUGAUCUGGGAACACAAGCCCUUGUGCUGGCUCUAGAACGCGUGCACCCGGUGCCGUCGCCGCUCAUUGCCGUUUUCCGUCCGUUGGACUCGGAACGACCCGCCAUGGCCGUUAGCUGCUUCGGACCCGUCUUUCGAGGCGGUCAACACCCGUUUCUGCCAGCCGCUCCAUUCGACGACGAUGACGCUGACGAUACCGGCACCAAUAAAUUCCGGGACUGCGUUGACAAUAAGGGCCAGCCCGCGCCCGCGAUUGACGCCGCCCGAGCAGGCGAAGAUGGAUCCGCGCAAGGAACAGCAGAACCUUCCGCGCUUCCGCCUCCCCCACCUCCUCCCCCUCCGCCUCCGCCCCCAUCGUCUGCUCCCCCUCCCCCUCCCCCUCCGCCUCCGCCACGCGCGCCCCCCCCGCCCCCUCCCCCGCCCCCGCCUGGCUCAUACUCCGCUGGCGGCCUAACCACUCCGCGCGCGUCCUUCCGGCGCGCGCGGUCGAUUAAGGAGCGGCGGGAGGCAGUGGCGCUGAAGGUGUUCCACUGGAGCAAGGUGCACGACACCAAGGGCACCAUCUGGGACGAGCUCUCUAAAGAUGCCGACCUCUUCUCGCGCGUGCAAGUAGACGGGCCUAAGCUCGAGGCGCUCCAGGUGCUAUUUAAAGCCAAGGAGACUAAGGUUAAGAUAGGCGCGGGGGGGGUGGCGGGCGCGGGGAUGAACGGGCUUGGUGGGGUGUUGGGGAGGGGAAGGGGUGGCGGAGGGCAGGGGGAUGCGGGGGACGGGGGGGAUGGGGGAGAGGGGAAGGAGGGGGAGGGGAAGGGUGUAGUGAAGGUGGUGACUCUAACGAGGGCGAACAACGUGGCUAUAACGCUGGCGCAGUUCCGCAUGGCGCAUGAGGAGAUCCGAGACGCCAUCCUGCUGGGCAACCCGGGGGGCGCUCUGUCCCUGGACCAAUUCGCGCUCAUCACCCAGGUGAUUCCAUCAGAGAGCGAGGCGCAGCAGCUGCUGGCGUACACAGAGAGCCGCCCGCUGGAGAACCUGUCAACCCCUGAGCGCUUCCUGCAUGCGCUCGCUACCAUCCCCCGUUUGAGACACAAGAUCGAUGUGCGGAUUAUGUGGGAGGAGGGGGGCAUGGAAUGGAAGGGGAGAAAGGGGGAGAGUGAGGGGAGUGAGGGUGAAGCUGUACGGGAGUGCAAGCCGCUGAGGGCAGCCAUGGCAGCAGCGCUGCAGGCAGGCAACGAGCUAAACUACGGCAGCACCAAAGCCGGCGCCCUGGGUUUCAGCAUAGAAACGCUACCAAAGCUGGCGGACCAUCGGGUCACCCUCUCAGUGCCACCAGCGCCAUCACCCCACCCUACCACCAACGUCUCGUCUGGCUUCCGCGCCGCACCGCUACCUCCUCCUGCUGCUGCCCUUCCUGCUACUGCUGCUGCGGCUCCUGCUGCUGCCGCUGCGCCAACAGGUCUUCCCCCUCGCAAUCAUGCUCCCUACUCCUCCCGGAGCUCGCCUCUCCCCACUGCCCCAGCCCCAGGGCCCUUAUCAGCAGUGGCCAGUGCAAGCCGCGUGGGUGCUGCUGCUACUUGUGCUUCUGCUGCCCACACUGCUGCGCUGCUGCCUGGGUCAAGAAGCACAGGUGCUCGCAUCCUUGUGCAUGCAGCAACGACUAGCACCAACCCUGCCUCCAACGGCGGUGCUGGUGGUGGUGCAAGCAUUGUGAGUACGAGCACGGUUAAUGCAACUGGCAGCAGCACGGGGAGCAGGAUGGAAGGGCGACAGGUGAAACGAACCAUGCUACAGGCCACAAGCCUCCUAGACGUAGUAGCUGUGCUAGUCAUGUCAGGCGGAGCGGUGCAGAUCGGUACUGAGAUGUCCAAGGCUCUGGAUGCUGUUGCUGCUGCAGCCAGGGUCCCUUUGGAGGAGAUUCAGAAGAGCAUGGGAGGUGUGGACGAGGGGAUUACGACAGUGGAAAAGGAGCUGGCGUUUGUUAUCAGUGAGGAAGAGGCGAAGGAGGCUGCUGCUGCUGCGGCUGAAGCAGCGCUUUUGGAGGGAGAAGGAGGGAGUGAGGAGGGCGACGAGGAGCAGGAGGAGCAGCAGUUGAAGGAGGGAGAAGGUGAGGAGGGUAGUGGUGGAGGUGAGGGAGGAGAGGGUGAGGAUGGUGGUGCUGUCUCGCAGGGGAGUGGAAAGGAGAGAGGAGGUUUUGGAGAGCAGAACGGAUCAGGGGAGGAAGAGGAGGGAGAGGUGCUGAUGCAGAGCAUGAGGGGGAGGAGUGAAAGGGAGGAAGCAGAGACUCCCAACGGUUCCACCUGUGCCGUCACCUGCUGGGGCCCUCUGCGGCCUAGAUCUGGCCGGGGUAGCAGAGGAGGGAUCAGGGGAGAGGGAGAGGGAGAGAAAGGCGGGAGGAAGGAGAGGGUUGGGUGGAGAGGGAGUGCUAGGCGGUUAGGCAGGGAGUGGGAGGAGUGGGGGAAGAUGGAGCGACCUUUGGUGCGAGGGAAGGAGGUGGGUGGAAAGAAGAGGAUGGGAGGGGAGAGAGAGGGGAAGAAUUCUGGGAAAGGAAGGGAAGGAAGAAAGGGAGGGGGAGGGGAAGGAGGUGGUGUGCGAAAUGAGGAGGAGGGAGAGGAGGGCGUUGGGCACGAUCAAGGAGCGUUCCCCCCACGCCCCGAGGAACAGGGCCAGGUGGGAGGAGGUCUGUUCCCCCCACGCCUAGAGGAAUUGCAGCAGGAGGGGGAAGGAGUGUUCCCCCAACACCUAGAGGGGUUGGAGGUGCAGGGGGAGGGAGGAGCGUUCCCCCCACACCCCGCACGCCGGCAGUGGAGCAUUCCGGGAGGCUAA